AUGCGGGCAGCAAUUCAGCCGUUCGGCCGCGUGAGCUCCCGCGGCGAGCAGCAAAGAGGCGCAGCGUGUGACCUGCGCGUCGCGCUGCUCAUUGUCGUCCCCGUUGUCUGUCUCGUUGUGGUGCUGUACGAGUUCCUCUAUCUACAGGAGUACACUGCCCACACGACCGCAGGAGACCGUCUCGUUGCCGAGCAGAGCGCGCGUUUGCGCUCGGACGACGCCGCAGCAGCUGCCACUUCUCUGUCGCAGCCGCUCGCAGCGACUCGGUCGAUUGUCAAUGACCGUCGCACGAUCGUUCUGGUCGCCAAUUACCGCGACUCGACCAGGUGCUCGGAGACAUUGCGGUCGAUUUUUGACAAUGCAGCAGCGCCGGAUAAUCUCAAGAUUAGCAUUUAUGAUCAGAUUUAUCCUGCACGGGACGAGCGCUCGUGCGCCGACGUGUUCUGUGAGCUCGUGGGGCAAGACAACUGUCGCCGUGAGCAGAUUGUGUCGUCUCAGAUCGACGCUGUGAAUGCGACGGGGCCCACUGCUGCGCGGUACGAGACGGAAAAGGCCAUCACGGACGAGCAUUUCUGCCUGACCAUUGACUCGCACAUGAUUUUUGUGCGCGAUUGGGACGAGAAGAUCAUCGCGCAGUGGGACUCGAUCGAGAAUCCGAACGCCAUCAUUUCGAUCUACCCAAAGUCGACUGAACAUUUGACGGAUCACGGUGUGGAUGACUUGGUGCAGCUCAUGUGCAUGUCGCGGAUCGAGACGAACGACCGGGACGCCAUGGUGCAGUACGCGGCUCCUGCUUGGAUUAACAAGAAGGAUACGCCGAAGCCGCGAUUGAUGUCGCAGCUGGCCGGUGGGUUCAACUUUGGCGAUUGCAAACAGGUGAAGGAGGUGCGGAAUGACCCGUACACACCUUAUCUUUUCCACGGCGAAGAGUAUUCACGUGCAACACGGCUCUGGACUGCUGGCUACGACUUUUACGCGCCGUCGGAAGACGUUGCGUACCACUGGUACGAGACCCGAAAGGUGGUGUGGGAGCGCAAUUGGAGCAAGCGGUACGCAGUGCAGCAAAAGUCAAAGCGUCGCGUUCGCGCGAUCCUGCACUUGCCUGUAACGAAAGAAGACUUUGAUCACACCGACCUGGAGAAGUUUGCUCUCGGCACGAAGCGAACGCUCGAGCAGUGGAAGGAGUUCUCGGGCAUCGAUCCUCUGGCAAAGUUCGUUUCGCCCGACGACGCCCAGUUUGACAACUGCAAGCAGCUCGAGUACGUGCCGUACUAG